UUACAAAUAUUAGCAUUUUAAAAGCUUAUCAUUCAAGCACUUAACCUUAUUGUUCCUGAUGUCUGAAGGGGAUCAAGCAAUGCCUAAAACUAAGCAAUCUCUUCAACACACUGGAUUCAAAACAAUUGAAACCAUUGGACGUCUUGUUUUACAUGUGGUCCUUCGAUUUUGGAGAUUUUGUAGUGCGGCAAUGUUGACGUUGCUUCUUCUCUACUGGCUUUAUGGAGGAGUCGUUAGCUUCUUGUUAUUAACUGCAGCCGUAUUUGGCGCUUUGUAUCAUUAUCAAGACACCCUUCUCUACUUCCCAGAACAGCCUGUUACAUCAAGAGUCUAUGUUCAAAAUCCAGCAAUUCUGGGCUUUCCAUUUGAGAAUUUGUACCUCAAGACACAAGAUGGCCUGAAAAUUAAUGCUGUGUUUCUCAAACAUUCUCCUCAGUUUCAGAGCUCUGUUCCUACUGUGUUGUUUUUCCAUGGCAAUGCUGGGAACAUUGGUCAUAGAUUAGCAAAUGCCAGAAGUUGGUAUAGUUACUGUGGUUGUAAUGUUUUUCUGGUGGAGUACAGAGGUUAUGGAAAGAGCGAGGGCUCCCCUAGUGAACAAGGUAAAAGCGUUCAAGACCCAACCACAAAAUAACCUUUGUUUUGCCCACAGUUUACUAAAUGAUUAAUUAAAAGAAAUCAACAAAUCAGCAGAUGGUUAAUGGGUAACAGGUCUUUUCACCCAAAAGUUGAUUCGCUGAUGGCAGUUCACCCGUACCGGCAUCGAUUCACCCUAAGUUUAUUUAUCAUUCCUUAACCUUGAAGAUAGGUGUAAGCAUGAAAAGACAAUGGCUGCGGGCGGGGCGGGGGGGGGUAUGGGUGAUUUGGUUUGUGGAGGAAUUUUUUUCCUGACAUACAUCGGUGUAGGAUUUUUUUUUAUCUAGCAUUAUAUGUCAUGAAAGAUUUUUUUUCCGUUGUAGGAAUUUUUCUUUUGCCAGGUAUUCCCUUGCAAGAAUUUUUUUUCCUCUUGAAAUCAGUCUCCAGGAUAUUUUUUUCUCAAAUCACCCAUACCCUCCCCCCCUUCAAAAUUCAAAUGGUCGCCCCCUCAUUAGAUCGUUCUCAGCAAUGGAAUCCAAGCUUAACUUAAAAAUAUCUUUGAUAUUGAGUUUUGCUGUGUUGUGAGGGUGUUAAACAUUGACUUUGGGACAGUAGGUGUUUUAACAUGAUCAAUAUUGUUGAAUAGGUAAUUGAGAUAAAAAUGCUAAUUUUUGUACCCAGUGUACUUCUGAGUGGAAAACCCAACACACUGUAAAUCUCUUUGCCAUUACUGAUCAAUUUACCAUUGAUCCAUAUAUGAUAAAUUUCAGGGCUUCAUUCUUAAAUAAUAUAUAUUGUCGAUUUAUUGAAGGUUUUGAGCUUGACUCAGAAGCUGCAUUUUCAUAUCUGAUGUCACGCACUGACAUAGACACAAACAAGGUUGUUGUAUUUGGACGAUCUUUGGGUGGAGCAGUGGCAAUUUCUCUUGCAUCAAAUGAACUUUAUCUCGACAAAGCAUUUGCUCUAAUCGUAGAGAACACCUUCACUAGCAUCCCUAGCAUGGCUAAUCAACUUGUCAUGAAUGGAAUUAGCAAGCUACCUUACUUCUGCUUCAGAAAUAAGGUAAACCUUGGUUACAUGUAAUAAUUAUUCUAUUGAUAGUUUAUAGAAUGAGAUAGUUUUUUAGUCUGGUUAACUUCUGUUCAACACUUUGUUUUAGCCAUGAUUGUGCACAAAAACUAAUAGCACCCAAGCCAUAUUUAGUUGAGCCCUUGAUGUGUGACUAGCUGACUAUACUGUCUAUACUGGUAUACCCCACCAGGCAUUGCUAAGUUUUUCUGUGCCACCAGCAAGGUGUCUGGAUAUCUGAUGAAACACUGGGUUGAGACACUGUUUAGGAUGUUUAAGAUACUGUCUAACAAUUCUACAGUCUGUUUUGUAAACUUUAGGUUUGAAAUUUUUUGACGAACUCUCGAUCAUGAGAAGCUCUAUCAAACAACAUGGUUGUGAUUUUCUUUAUUUCUGAUCAUAAAAGUUGAAGGAUGCCUGGAAUAACGUAGACUACGAGUAGCCCCCCAUUUUUCCUCAGGGAUACUAGAGCGAGCGAAAUGCGAGCGCACGUGAAAAUCACCCCAUGCGAAAAAAAGACGACACGCGGCGGGGAGAGGGAAAAUUCACUCGCUCUACUAUCCCUGAGGAAAAAUGGGGGACUACUCGUAGUCUAGGAAUAACGCCUUAAGUAUUUUUGAUAACUAGAUUCUCCUUACAGAUUACAUUGUUUGUCCAUGAUAAUAUAUAAAAAGGAAAAUAUGACAUUUGACAAGAAAUCACUUAGGGUCUUAUUCCAUGCAUUCACCCCUAUAGUCUGUCCUUCAAUUGUUUUGAUAAGUUUGUGCAGAACCUUUUCAAAUUUUGGCUAGAGGUGUUAUUUCAGUGAUAACAUUUAAGGAUUUAUAACAGAAACCAAAAAGAUAUAUUGGUAGGUUUAUUCCAUACAUGAAAAAAUCACACUAACCAUGUGCUGUGACACAGUUUGAUUCUCUGAAGAAGAUUCGCAAGGCAAGAGUCCCAACGCUGUUUCUAUCGGGAUUGGCUGAUCAACUAAUACCUCCCAGAAUGAUGACGAGUUUAUACAAGGUACGUCUUAAAAAUGUCAUUGAAAUUUAAUUUUCUCAUCCUCUUCAUAUGCAUCUUGAAAUCCUUAAACUUUCUCCAAUGUACAUUCAAAUUUCUGCAAGUAUUUUCAAAUAACUUGUCAGAAAUUUGAUACUUUAAAAGAUAGGUUGAUUUUUUAAGCAGAGGGGAAAAAAUGCUAUCAAACAUUUUUUAAAUCCAAAUAAGAAGUUUAAACAAAUUUUUCCAAUUUAGAAGCCUUUGAGUUCAUUUUUGUGGUUGACCCAUGGCUUUAAAAGUCCUGGAACUUUUACCGAGAAAAUAAUCAUAGUAAAUUACUGGAGGAUACAUGGUCAAGUACAAACAUGUAUGCACGACAACGAUUUACUCUAUGCCCAGAAAAAAUAGCCUCUUUGCUUUCAUCUUGUACCUGAUAUCAUUAGUUUUGAAUGGUUUUGUUUGUGUUUCUUUCCUAGGCCUCAGGAUCAUGCUUAAAGAAAAUGGAAUGCUUUGAUCAUGGCACUCACAAUGAAACCUGGCAAUGUUAUGGAUAUUUUGAUGCUAUUUCUAGAUUCUUAUGUGAGGUAUAUAUAUUGGCUUAAAAAAAGCUAGAAAAUCUGGAUCAGAGCGGAUGGGACCUAAUCAAACCCUGUCAGUGUAAACCCAUUCUUUAUCUUCUGUCAUUUGGUUAGUUACAGGUGUUGAUUAAGCCCAGUCCAAUCCAGAUUUUGUUGCGUUCUCCUAGAACAUUCUCAUUUACAGUUAACUUGUUCAAGUUGAAAGCUAACCAUUUAUAAUAGAGUGCUUUAAACCCUAUCACUGUUCUUUGGUGCUAAACCCCGUAUUCAACUCUUUCACUGACCUAAAAUAGAUACCUAGAGCUGGUCCCUGUCAUUCCUCAGGCCUUUUCUUUGACUCUCUAAAGGAUGGAUACUGUAAAAUGCUACUUGUCGAAUAAGCCCCCACUUAUAACCCCUCCAGCAUUUUUCAGUACCACUUUAACAGUGUCCGUCUUGAACAGAGUUCAUGUGAUGCUCUUCCGUCAAACACACAUAUGUGGCACAGAGGCAGCAAAUCUUAAUACACUCUGUAAUGUAACAUUUUUGAUUCUCCAAAAUAUAAUGUUUUCACUCAUAUUUUUUGUAGGUUCAUCAAGCUAGACAAGCUGGAGUUAUUGGACCUCCAGUUGGUGACAGCCCAAGCGUGUCUGGGGGAGCUGCUAAACCAACUGUCCUUAAUGUACAUGGCCGAACUGAAGACAUUUAAUUCAAAUCAUCUGGACUUUUGUAAAAAGAAAACAAUGUCAGACUAUUUUAUCAUAGUGUAAAAAUGUCUGGUUCGUAUUUACUUCUCUGACUGGUAAAAAGUGACUUAAAAGUUACAAGGGAGAAGUUCUCUACACCCAAACCCUUCAAACUUAAAAAUGAGGAUUGUAAAUAAUUUUUUUGUCAGUAAAUAUCCAUACUCUUCUGCAGAAGGUUGUGCCUUGGCCCCCUUGCCCUCUCCUUGGAAAUUCCCUUUAAAGGGGUUAUGUCAUGCUAUUUGCUAUAGUCGUUUUCAAAAGUUGGGACGUGUCUUCACAUCAAUUGAAUUGAAAAACUAUAAUGGUAAUGUUAGGUAUUAAAACUGCUUUCUGUUAUCUGUCGUCAUGGGUGGCAAGGAUGGGCGUGGAUUGAAACUUGAAAAGUUGGCCUGCAAAAAUCACCAAAAAAAUUUAUGGUUUGUGGGGUUUGAAUGAAAGGUGCGUACGGAUUGCUGCGUGAUUGAUUGUGACAUGCAUAGCACUUGUCUAUGGUGAAAAGUAAUGUCAUAGAUGUCAAACUGAACCGAUAAAACUGUCUAAAUUGUGCACAUCAGUCACAGACAUGGGGCAAAGAGACCCGCCCUUAGCAUUUUCUUAAAGGAAGUCUGUUUUUUUCUGCUCUUAAUAAAAUUGUAAUGUAUGUGUUAACUCUUUUUGUCAUCGAUUUCAUUGUACUAAUGAAAUGAAAUUGUUUUGUUUAACCCCUGGAAAUUUUGCCGAAAAACGCUGUUUGAAGCUAGCCUAGCACUAUGCUAAGUUCUGGCAUGCGCAAAAGACAGAAUUUCCCUACAUAGUUACUGAAGACUGUCUCCUUCACGUGUGUGGGUUUCUAUGUGCAAUUAAAGGGUGGGUGAUUGUGUACCGUGCAUGUAUUAACGUCUCAAUUGACUGGCCUACUUACUUGUACUUGUUUUUGGUUGAAAGGUGGUUGGAUAUAUUAAGUUAUGGAAGGUUGGAGAUGGUAUUUUCUCCCUCCUCAUCUCCCUAUCAUAUCACGUGACCUUUAUUCCAUUCUCUUAUCCAAUCUCCACCUGACUGAGGAAAAAGAUCUGGGCACAAAGCUAGUAUUUUCAGGUUCACAUAAACGGAACAAUAAUUAACCUUUUUCAUGAUAGAUCAAUAUACAGCAAUUAGUAAAAUCUAGUUUUCUGUUUUCCCUUGCAAGUUAGAGCUACAGUUAAUUUGUGGUACAUACAGUUUGCUCCUGAAGAAAAAUAAACUCUACCUAAAUCCAU